AUGGCGGGCAAGGCGGCGGCGGCGGCCGCCAUGGCGGGGGAGCCCGAGGGGCGCACGGCGGAGGAGGUGGCCUGGGCCGAGGGGCUGCGCGGCGCCUGCGAGCCCGAGCACCACUGGCGGCACCGGCGCGAGUUCCUGCUGCGCAAUGUGGCGGCGCCGCCGCCGGCGGCGGGCAGCGCGGAGCUGCAGCGGCUCGUGUCGCUCUCCAUGGUGUGGGCCAACCACGUCUUCCUGGGCUGCCGGUACCCGCCGCAGGUCAUGGGCAAAGCGCUGGACAUGGCGGAAGGCAUCCGAGUGAGCGGCGCGCCCGUCCGCACCACGAGAGACGAACUGGUUGCCAAGGUGAAGAAAAGACGCGUAUCAAGUAGCAAUGAAGGGAUAGAGGAGCCYUCCAAGAAACGAGCUAUAGAGAAAAGCAAGGAAUCUAAGGAUACUGGAAAGGAUGUGAAGACUACCAAGCCAGAAGCACCUAAGGAAACUGAAAGCAUAUUGCCAGAAAAGCAGGAAAAAGAAGCCAACAAGGAUUCAGAAAGCUCCAACUUGCUUUGCAGUUCAAACCAGGAAGUGGGCGCAGCAUUGGGCACUGAAACAGAAGGAAAACCUGCUAAUGCUGAAAACGCCACUGAGCAAAAUCUAGCCCCAUCUCUGUCUGACACAGAGCCAGCAGAGAAGCCUUGCUURAAUCCCUCUCAGGAAAGCAAGUGUGAAAAUGUGCCGUCACCUGAAAAGAAAGCUGCGUCGGGUGCAGUGCCGGCAGGUGCCCCACAGCCCAGUGUGGUUCCAGCGGCUGCUGCGGUUGUCUCGCAGCCCRGCACGRUGCCAGCGGCUGCUGCAGGUGCCCCACAGCCCGSCACGGUGCCAGCGGCUGCAGUGAGUGCCCCGCAGCCCAGCACGGUGCCUGUGGCUGCUGCAGGUGCCUCGCAGCCCAGCUUGGUGCCAGCAGCUGCUGCAGGUGCCUCGCAGCCCAGCUCCGUGCCGGCGGCUGCCACGGGUGCCCCACAGCCCAGCACAGUGCCAACAGUUGCCAAGGGUGCCCCGCAGUCCAGCAUGGUGCCAGGGGCUACCAAGAGUGCUGCGCAGGUGAGUGCUGCACCGCUGUCUUCCAAAAYCCAAACGAACAUCCCAUCAGGAGCCCCCAAGAGCGGCACCCAGGCAGGCGCCUCACUGCUGCUGGCCCCCAAGAGCAGUGCCCAGGCAGGCUCCUCGCUGCUGCUGGCAUCCAAAAGUGGCACUCAGGCAGGCUCCUCACUGCUGCUAACAUCCAAGGGUGGUUCCCAGGCAGGCUCCUCACUGCUACUGGCGCCCAAGGUCGGCACCCAGGCGGGCUCCUCGCUGCUGCUGGCCUCCAAGAGCAGCGCCAAGGCAGCCUCCUCGCUGCUGGCCUCCAAGAGCAGCGCCGAGGUGGCCGCGUCGCUGCUGGCUGCCCGCAGCGGCGCCCAGCAGGGCUCCUCACUGCUGGCCUCCAAGAGCAGUGCCCAGGUGGCCGCAUCGUUGCUGGCCGCCCGCAGCGGUGCUCAGCAAGGGGCCUCGCGGGGCAGUGCACAGGCGGGUGCCUCACUCGGCACCAAGGGCGGUGCGCAGGCUGCCUCUGCGCAGCUCGGCGCCAAGGGUGGCGCGGCGGCGAGUGCCGGUCCUGCCAGAGCACUCUGCAAACCCCUCACCAGCGAGGAUGCGAAGGAAAGGCAGCCUUUUUUCAACAGACUGUACAAAGCGGUAGCCUGGAAGCUGGUCGCUGUUGGGGGUUUCAGUCCUAAUGUGAAUCACGCAGAACUGCUGAACUCGUCUAUUCAGUCUGUGAAAGCUACUUUAGAUGUUGCUUUUGUUCCACUGAAGGAACUUGCUGACUUACCUCAGAAUAAGAGCUCUCUGGAAAAUAUAGUUUGUGAACUGAGGUGCAAGUCUGUCUAUUUGGGUACUGGCUGUGGUAAAAGUAUGGAAAAUGCCAAAGCAGUCGCUUCGAGGGAAGCUUUAAAAUUAUUCCUCAAGAAGAAAGUUAUUGUGAAGAUAUGUAAAAGAAAAUACAAAGGAAGUGAAAUUGAAGAUUUGGUACUUCUGGAUGAAGAAUCAAAACCCUCAAAUUUACCUCCAGCUCUAAGAAAUCCGCGGGAGAUCAUAUAGGCAAGAGUUGCUGUUUAUACUGUGUAUAGUAUUUCAACACAAGAACUGAAGGUUGAUUUUGUACUUUAAAAAUGUAGGCUUCCAGAUAUUUUGUAUUUCUUUCUCAAUUUUGCAAGACAAUUAUAUUACUUUCACUUGGUAGCAAUUGUAUAAAACUUGUCAGAGAUGACAAGUGCUCAUUUAAAGGUAUGCCUUAAUAUCUAGCACACUAGUGUGCUGUUUUAUUUGCAGAAUAGCCUACCUAAUUCUUCUAUUUUUAAUUAAACGAAUUAAGGUACAAUUUGCUGUUUAAAAUCCAACAAUUUUGUAGUUCUUACGAUUUGAUGGCAGUGUGCUCAAUUGUCUACCAUAUUUUUUUUUUAGCUGCGUAGAAGUAUGUAUAUAGGGACCAUAAUACUUGAAUGAUUGAAAAGUCUUUGAAAAUUUCAAUCAAAAAGUUGAAUCAUCCAUUUCAGAUGUGUUUCGCGUAAUGUUYGCUAUUCCUCUUAGUAGGAGAGAAAAUAGUUGCUUGAUUAUUUCUAUGAGAAGUUGUAACAGAUAAAGGAAAAAUGACCCUCACCUCCCGUUUAACAUUAUAGUAGAAGUUAGAGCCCAUAAACAUUACACUACCAAGCUGUCAAUUAGCAGUCAAGUCACAGUGACUUUAGUCAGCAGAGUUCUGUCAGCAGAUUUAACUUAUUUUGUGAAAUACCAUUUACAGUUUGAUUUUUUUCAAAUAAACAUGAAUUUCUAUAUAAGCAUAUUUUGACUGCCACUAAAACUGAAACCUCUGGGAUAUGCUUUUAUAGUACUUUUUCAGCUGUUAAAUAUU